AUUCAAAAUAUUAUUGUUUCAGCUAAAUUGAAUAUAACACAUUGUUGUAUUCGAAAACAACAGGAUAAUGACAAGCGUAACUGCGUUGAUCCGUCAUUCUGGUUUUUGGAACGAUCAGAACUGUUUUGUGAAUUACAAAAUUGAUGCUGUUGUAUUCACUGAUAAUUGCAAUUACGAUGAGUUAGUUUCUACGAUUACAAGUCAAUUAGGCGUGGAUACUGUCAGAAAAACUAUUUCAAUAAAAUAUACUGUUGAAGGCGAUUUUCAACCAAUGGAAAUACACAACGAUAUGGGAGUUCGUGUGUACGUUGAGCUUAAGAGAGAAAACAAAGUUUUUGGGAUGUAUCCAAUGUGCGUUAGUAUUCAUGAUUUUGAUAUUGAGGAUGAUGCAAUUGGUAAUCGUAUUAUUAGAGAUGAUGUGCUGCAAAUUGGAUAUAGCGAGAAUCGGGAUGGUAUGGAUGUUUGUGAUUCUACAGGAAAGGCUGUUGUUUUGUUUGAGAAUGAUAACAAUUUGGUAAUUUCGAACACGGAAUAGAAAGGAGUUUUUGUCGAUCAAAUUUACCAGGAUAAGGAAACUUUGAAAAUUGUGAUGACGAAAUAUGCAAUUCGUGAAAGAUUCAAUUUCAAAACAGAGAGAUCGAAUGCUAUAAGCUAUACUCUGGUAUGUUGGUCGCCGGAAUGUAAAUGGAAGUUCAGAGCGUUGAGAAUUGGGGAUUCUGAAAUGUUCAGGGUUAGAUCUUUCGAUGACGAACAUACAUGUCCGUUGAAGGACAAGGUGUAUUCACAAAGACAAGCAACAAGUUGGUUUAUUGGAGAAGCGGUUGUCAAGGCGAAAAUAACUAACCAUAAAAGGAAGGUCACCCCUGGGGAUAUAAUAGACGAUGUCAAAAAUGAAUUCGGCGUAGAUGUUUCUUAUAUGAUGGCAUGGAGAGCUAGAGAGAAGGCUAUAAAAGAUUUCAGAGGUGAUCCAGCUGAUUCAUACAAGAAGUUGCCGGCAUAUAUAUACAUCCUUGAUAAAACGUAUCCUGGAUCGCUUGUUAAAAUGCAUAAAUCACCAGAAAAUGAGUUUAUGUAUUUGUUUGUAGCACUCAAAGCAUUCAUAAAGGGAUUCGAGUGUUGUAGACCAAUAGUUGUAGUGGAUGGUGCACACCUUAAAUCAACGUAUAAUGGUACAUUUGUGUCGGCAAGUACUUUGGAUGGAGCAGGUAAUAUCCUACCACUAGCGUAUGGUGUGAUAGAUUCUGAGAAUAAUAAGUCCUGGACGUGGUUCUUUGAACUGUUCAAGCAAGCUUAUGGUGUUAGGCAAAAUAUGUGUGUCGUGUCCGACAAACAUGAAAGCAUAAUACACGCAGUUUCUAAGGUGUAUCCUACUGUUCCUCAUUUGGCUUGUAUAUGGCAUUUGUGGAAAAAUGUGACAAAGCAAUACACAACAAACAGUGAGGUGUUGAGUCCUAUAUUUUAUUCACUGGCGAAGGCAUACACCCAGGAUGAGUUCGAUAAAUUGAUGGAGAAGAUUGGGAAUGUUGAUAUUCGGGUAAAACGAUACCUAGAAGAUGCUGGAAGGGAUAAAUGGUCUAGGCUUUAUUCACCUGUUAACAGAGGAUGGACAAUGACUUCGAAUAUAACCGAAUGUAUUAAUGGAAAACUAGUUGCUGCAAGAGAGUUACAUAUUUUUGAUUUCCUUGAAGAAGUGAGGAAGAUGUUUGGUAGAUGGAAUUGCACAAAUAGAAAAAAUGGUACCUACACAUUCACAACACUGAUGAGGCGAUAUCAAGAGAUGUUGUCGAUCAACGAGUACAAAUCAAUACGAAUGAGGGUUGAAGCGUCAACUGAAUAUGUUUACACAGUGAAUGAUGGACCGAGGCGUUUCAUAAUCGAUUUGAAGAAGAAAACUUGCAGCUGUAGGAUGUUCCAACUGGACGAGAUACCGUGUUCUCAUGCAUGGGCAGUAUUGAAAAAUAAAAAUUUGACUGCUGAUGCAUAUUGUUCGGAAUUAUUCAAGCCAGAAACAGUUGUGAACACAUAUGAUGUGCCGGUUGAUCCUCUUCCCGAUGAGACCAAGUGGAAUGUUCCUAAAAGCAUAUCAGAUGAAGUUGUUAUGCCACCAAUCUAUAAGAGACCCCCUGGGAGGCCAAAAAAGAAGAGGGAUAAGCCAUUACAGGAGUUGAUGAUUGAUAAACGCAGGAAUGCUUGCGGUAAAUGUGGACGUCUUGGUCAUAACAGGCGUUCGUGUGAUAAUCCGCCGCUCAAUAAGAAGAAUAAAUAA